AAGAGCAGAAGCCGAAGCGGAGGUAGUGCCUCCACCCCAGUGUGAUUAUGCCCUUCACCACGGCCAAAGUGGCCACACGGCUGAGCCAAGGAAUCACCGCCAAAAGAGCAGCCGUGGCACUGCUGGUGGCCGCAUAUGGGGCCAGGAAAUUAUACCCCAUCCUACGAAGACAGUGGGCUGCCUCGGUCCUCCAGGUGAAUUCAGAGACCACCAGUCCCAGAGAGCCAACAGCAAGGUGGAAGGAACUCGAGGAGGGCACCACAUCACAGCCUGGUGUGAACAAGGUGUUUUUUCUCCGUCUCCUCCGUCUCCUGAGGUUGUUGUUCCCUGGGCCACUGUGCCGGCAGACAGGACUCUUGGCCUUGCAUUCGGCUGCCCUGGCUAGCCGCACCUUCCUCUCAGUUUAUGUGGCCCAGCUGGAUGGACGGUUGGCCCGCUGCAUUGUCCGUAAGAACCUACAGGACUUUACGUGGCAGCUUCUUCAGUGGCUCCUCAUUGCCCUGCCAGCCACCUUUGUCAACAGUGCCAUUCGGUACCUGGAAGGGCAACUGAGCCUGGCCUUCCGUGGACGCUUAGUGGACCAUGCCUAUCAGCUCUACUUUGAGGGUCAGACCUAUUACCGGGUCAGCAACAUGGAUGGACGGUUGCGUAACCCGGACCAGUCACUCACAGAAGAUUUGGUGGCCUUUGCUAAUUCUGUGGCCCAUCUCUACUCAAACUUGACCAAGCCUGUCCUUGAUCUCAUUGUGACUUCCUAUACCCUCAUCAGUUCAGCUAGAUCAAAGGGGGCUGAUACAGUUUGGCCCUCAGUUAUUGCUGGUUUGGUAGCUUGCACCACUGCCAAGGUGCUACGUGCCUGUUCACCAAAAUUUGGCCAACUGGUGGCUGAGGAAGCGCGCCGGAAAGGAGAGCUGCGCUACAUGCAUUCUCGUGUGGUGGCCAAUUCGGAAGAGAUUGCCUUCUAUGGGGGGCAUAAGGUGGAGCUGUCCCUUCUGAGGCAUUGUUAUCAUCAGCUGGCCUCUCAAAUCAACGUGCUGCUUCUGGAGAGACUCUGGUAUGUGAUGCUGGAACAGUUCCUUAUGAAGUAUGUGUGGAGUGCUACUGGGCUGGUCAUGGUGGCUGUACCAAUCAUCACUGCUACUGGUUACUCCGAGACAGAUUCAGAGGCAGUGAAACAAGCGGCAGUGGAAAUGGAAGAGGAAGAAUGGAUAAGCUUGAGGACUGAGGCUUUUACCACAGCUCGGAAUCUUUUGUCUGCAGCAGCCGAUGCUACAGAGAGGGUCAUCUCUUCCUACAAAGAGGCAACUGAACUAGCAGGCUACACUGCUCGUGUGUAUGAGAUGUUCCGGGUGUUUGAGGAUGUGAAAUGCUGCAACUUCCGACGUCCUGGAGAGCUUGAUGAAGGCCAGGCUCAGGCUAGAACAGUUAUGAAGCAUGGUAUGCGUGUCGAGGGCUCACUCCAGAUCCAAGGACAUGUGAUUGAUGUUGACCACGGGAUUAUCUGUGAAAACAUCCCUAUCAUCACUCCUACUGGGGAUGUGGUAGUCAGCAGCCUUAAUAUCCGAGUAGAUGAAGGCAUGCACCUACUGAUCACUGGACCAAAUGGCUGUGGGAAGAGUUCCCUUUUCCGGAUCUUGGGGGGGCUUUGGCCAACUUACAACGGCACCCUCUACAAACCACCUCCUCAUCGAAUGUUUUAUAUUCCACAGAGACCAUACAUGUCUGUGGGCACCCUGAGAGACCAGGUGAUUUACCCAGAUACGGCCAAGGAUAUGGGACCGAAAGGACAUACUGAUUCUGACCUGGAACGGAUCCUGAACAUCGUCAACCUCAAUUAUAUUGUACAGCGUGAAGGAGGUUGGGAAGCUGUCAGUGACUGGAAGGAUGUACUUUCGGGUGGCGAGAAGCAGCGAAUGGGGAUGGCGCGGAUGUUCUAUCACAGGCCAAAGUACGCUCUCCUUGAUGAAUGUACCAGUGCUGUCAGUAUCGAUGUAGAAGGCAAGAUCUUCCAAGCAGCAAAGGAUGCAGGAAUUGCGUUGCUCUCCAUCACACACCGACCUUCGUUGUGGAAGUACCAUACGCAUCUCCUCCAGUUCGAUGGGGAAGGCGGCUGGCGGUUUGAGAAGCUGGACCCUGAAGCCCGUCUCUCCCUGCGGGAGGAAAAGCAGAGCCUGGAACAGAAGCUGGCUGGGGUCCCUGAAAUGCAGCAUCGUCUCAGCGAACUCUGUCAAAUAUUGGGUGAAGAUGCACCCUCUACAGUGGGGUAGGUGGGUGAUUUGGGGGCCUUCCAAUCUCCCUUUCUUGCUGGCUUGAUAAGAAGGAUCCUAAUUGUGAGACUUCCACCUGAGGAGCUGCACAAGAUGGACAGUUUUUGUCCCAGCCACCCAAGAAGCAGUUGAGGAUAUCCUGCAGGAGGGGCAUUAGUUAUUUCUGGCACCCAUUAAUUUAUUCUUCUGCCUCAGUUUAGGGCUGGAGGAAGAAAGGGGUUGCCCCACACUGCCAAUAUCUCUGAAGCCAGCCCUUUCAAUUCCCACACACAUGGUGCCUCAAUACCCCUAUAUAGUACAAGAAGUUCUUCACAGGUGGGAAUUGCACUGCUCCACUGCCAGUCUCGAGCCUCUGUACUCAUGGACUUUGGGGAGUAACUUCUCAGCUACUGCCACCUCACCAACACAGAAACUUCAGCCAAACCAAUCACAGCCUUUCUUCGUAGAAAUGCUGCACGCAUAGCAUGAGUGAAAAUUGUGAAAGAAGUUCUUGCCAACUUCUUCCUUUCUGGCCUCCACAGCUAGGCUGCAACGUUUGGCUCCACUGGAGAUUUCUGGUACCCAAACUGAGGGAUGUCUGCUCCUUCUUGAAACAGCCCUGGAGCAAAGCAGCAAGUUAAGAAAUUCACAUUCUAUUAGGUGGUUUAUGUUCUAUGAAAUGCACAUAUUUUUCAGGCACUUACCCUUCGUCUCACUAAGAACCUCUUUGUAAUAUAGGGCAAUUUGCCUAAGGAAGUCCCGGAUCCAUGAGACCAAUCUUCUGAAGCUAAAUUUGUGUCUCUCGUUCUGAGUAUGCUCAGCUGGUGCCAGAGUUAACAUCUGGUGCCUUUAUUGAUGAUUCAAACUGUAUUGCCGACAGCACAUCUUUGUAACCUCGGGGAUCUCACCGCUGCAUUCAAAGGAUGCUCGGUAAAGACAGACAUGGGAAGGUCUUCCUGAAAUGGGAAGAAAAUCGCUGUUCAGGAUUUAAUU